AUGGAUGGACCGCCGCCCCCUCCGCCGCCGCACGGCGAGAACCCUCAUACCACCGAAGGCGAAUACCGUAAAGCUUCCGACUUGCCACAAGGGAACUACGAUAUCUUCGUGAUCCCCCCACACUCCUCUGGCUCCGGCUUCCUUUAUCUUCCAUCCUUGCAAACCAAUCGCAACAGCUUCUUCGCAGGCGCGGCAAGUACAAUGCUAUUGGUGAUAGCCUGGUCUUUAAUUUCACCGGCAGUCAAAACUUGGUACAUUGCUGCUGUCUCAUCUAAUGGCAAUGGCAACAGUACAAUGGCAAUGGUUGUCGUGGCUUUUGGAGUAGGUAUCGCGGGCUGGGUGGUUGGAUUAUCGCAGUCAAAGAUAGAGGGCUUCUUUGGAGAUAAAGGUGGAGGCUCUUCGGGAGGUUCUGGAGCUGGUAGGCCUAAUGCCAACGGUCAGACCAAUUCCAAUCAAGGCAACGGGCAGCAGAAUUAUAGUGGCGGACCAGGACAGCAGCAGUAUAACGGCGGAUCGGGACAACAGCGACAGCAAUAUGGUGGAAACUAUGGGGGACAGAAGCCGGGCAACCAGUAUGCCGGCAAUCAAAGCCAAAGUAAUCCCGAUCCUUCUCCAGACCCGGAAGAAGAGAAGGAAAGGGAAAGGGAACGGGAAAGACAGAAGGAGAAAGAAAGGGAGGAGAGAGAAAAGGAGAAAGAGAGGGAAAGAAAAGAAAGGGAAAGAGAGAAGGAGAGAGAACGCGAGAGAGAGCGUGAGAGGGAGAAAGAAAGAGAAAGACAAAAAGAGAAGGAAAGGGAGGAGAAGGAGAAAGAGAAGCAGAGAGCCGAGAAAGAGCGCGAGCGCGAAGAGGCUAAGCGCAAAGAAGAUCUACGCCGAAAGAUGGAUGAGUUCAAGCGUAAGCGUGAACAAGAGGCCAAAGAGAAGCAAAGGGCAGCAGAGCGCGAGGCUAUGGAGAAAGAGUUGAAGGAGCGUCGCGAACAGCUUGAACGAGAGAUGGCAGCCGCCAAAGCAGCUGCUGAGAAAGAAGCUCGCGAGCGCUUAGAGAAAGAGGUCGCUGAGGCACGCGCAAAGCAUGAGAAGGAGGCUGCCGAAGCCAAGGCGGAGGCCGAGAGGCUCACUGCUGAAGCAAAGGCAACAACUGACCGGCUGGCGAGAGAGGCAAAAGAAAAAGCUGCCAAAGAGGCUGCCGAGAAAGAGGCUGCAGCUAAGGCUGCCGCUCAGAAGGAGGCCAUGGCCAAAUUCGCUGCUCUCAAAGAAGCUGCCGCGAAGAGAUAUGCCGAGAAGAAAGCCCAAGAGGCUAAAGAGAAGGCAGCAAACAACAGACCUUCUGCUCCUGCGAGUGCUACCAGUGCUCCUCGAACACCUUCCCCCAAGAAACAACCACCUUUCCCAACUGCCCGGACCACCGUCGAGGAAGACGAUGCCUAUUCAUUUCGACCCUACGAUCGUCCACGGCGGCCGUACGGCGGUGCCUCUGGGUCCUCUGCCUAUUCCGAAUCAUCAUACGCGCCAUCUCAAUCAACAGCUCGGACGACUCCUCCACCAUCAACUCGCAGUGCAUACUCCACCAAGGAUCCUGACAAGAUCGUGAUUCAAGGAGUUUACCAAUUCAAUAACGCCUUCAUGAAGACACCAGUCUCUCAACUUGUCUCAGGUCAAGGCAUGGUAACCGACGGACUCGUACUAAGAAUCACAACUGAAGGACUCUUCGUCGACGACGACCUCCGAGGAGUCGGUCAACGCGAAUGGGACGUAAAGGCCUGGACUCUAAAGCUGACCGAGGUCUGGUGUCCCCAAAUGGGUGCACCUUCUGCAAAGCCGGGCUCCAGUAAUCCCUUCUCUUUCCGUCGCGGCGGUGGCGCUCACUCGGUGCCCACCAACGAAGAAUCCGAUGCCUUCCUUACCAACUUGCUCAAGGUCUGCAAGAACACCUGCCGCCUCGCAUCUCCGAGUGCAUGUUUCGCUCGUAGCGCGAAUGCGAGUGGCAUCAACGAUGCACGUGCUCCCCAGUCUGAGUUCCGUGGUCUCCACGUUCUUCGUGCCAGCAUCCGCGAUCAAGAGGGGAAACGUUACGUCUUCGUGUUGCAGGAUACCGAAGCCUGGAAGGUUGCUAUUGGCCUCCAGCGUCUCCGUGCUGGAGCUCUCGUCCGUAACCUAGGUGUUACCGCUCUAUCCAUCCCAGACUGCAAGAGCAUUCUCGGUGGCCUUGGUUACGUCUAG